AUGCACAUUCGUUAUUAUGCAUUUGUAAAAACAUAUGUUUACUUUAUAUACAAAUAUAGUGCUUAUCGUAAAGGAGCUACUAGCUUGAGUACUUUAAGUGACAGAGUCAAGAGUGAAAAAGAAGCUAGAAAGUUGCCAGGAAUAGGAAGACACAUAUCUCAAAAGAUAGACGAAUUUCUUCAAACUGGAAAAUUACGCAAACUAAAAGAAAUUAAUAAAAAUGAUGAUAAUAUUGCAAUGAGUGUGUUAACUCGUGUUUCUGGUAUUGGUCUUGCUAAAGCAAAAUGUUUAAUCAAGCUUGGAAUUAAAAAUUUGGAUGAUUUAAAAGAACACUGGAAAUUAUUGAAUAAUUAUCAACAACUUGAUUUAAAGUAUUUUGAUGAUUUUGACAAAAAGGUACCUAGAACAGAAAUAGCUGAAAUUGAAAAAUUGUUAAAGAAGUAUAUUUAUGAAUUGAGUGAAGAAUACAUUAUUAAUAUAUGUGGAUGUUAUAGACGUGGUAAAGAAGACAGCUGGGAUAUGGAUGCAGUGAUAACUCAUCCAGAUUAUAUUUCCGAGAAAAAGAAUAGUGAUAUGCUUAAAAAUAUUGUUGAAUAUCUUGAAAAACAUUUAAUUACAGAUAAAAUAUCUAUUGGACCAACAAAAUUUAUGGGUGUUUGUCGUGUGUCAAAUGAUAAAAGUGAAUUAUUCAGACGUUUGGACAUAAGAUGGAUACCAUAUGAUCAAUAUUAUUGUGCUAUGCUUCAUUAUAUUGGUAGUGAUCUUUUUAAUAAGAAUAUAAGGGCUUAUGCGUUGGAAAAAAAGUAUACAUUAAAUGAAUAUACAUUAAAUGAAUAUACAUUAAAACGACUUACAGAAAAAGAUAUUAUUUUCCUUAUUUCAGGUAUUCCAGGAGAAGCUGAGAAAAUCACAUGUGAAGAAGAUAUUUUAAAAAUACUUGGACUUCCUUUUGAAGAACCAAAGGAUCGAGAUUUUUUUUAUAUACAUAAAGAAUAAUAUAAUGAAAAAAAAUAAAUUUAUUGUAA